AUGAUAAUAAAACUGCAUUAUCACAUGAUGCUCAAUUAUUUAAUAGUCGAGAAUUGUAUCUUGAAGAAUCUCAUCAAUGGAUUCAAACUAAACAAAGACCUCAAUAUGAUGAUAAUGAUCCUGACGUUGUAAUGCAAGGUGAAGGGGAUAAAGAUGCAAUGGAUAUUGAUGAUGAUUUUGAAACUGAGUUUGAUAAAAGAAUGACAAUGAUCGUGGCAUUUGCUGCGUCAGAUUCCGAUGAACAAAAUAUGAAAGGUUUGAAAUUUCAUUACACAUAUGGAGGUGAAGUUCAAACAGAAGGCGAAGCAGCUGCCUCGGCAUGUAGUGAAAGCAUUAAGCCACUUUUAGAUCACAUUAUUAAGGAUUCGUUGGAUUAUAGUCGAGAAACAGAUGUCAAUGUCCUUUCGAAUUUUAGUUCAUUACAAGUGUUGAUAAACUUGUUAUCUAAUUCGUUAAAGUUCACAGACACUGGUGAAAUUGUUCUUCGAGUUACAUUGGAUGAACUUGAGGGUGAAAGUAGUACAAAUGACGAAAAUGUCAAAAAAGGAAAAUUAUGUGUGGAAGUAAUUGAUUCUGGAAUUGGAAUUGAUCCUGCGUUUAUUCAAAGUAUUUGGGAAAGUUUCUCACAAGGUGAUCAAUCCAUGACAAGACGACAAGAUGGUACAGGUCUUGGUCUUUCAAUUUGCAAACAUUUAGUAACAAUAAAUGGAGGUAAAAUUGGUGUGGAAAGUGAAAUAAAGAAAGGAAGUCGAUUUUGGUUCACUUGGAAUAUUGAACGAUUAUCAUUAUCCUCAGUUCCUAUAACGACAAUGUCUAAAACUCCAGAUACAAUAAAUUUAUCUUCACGUUCUAAACGAGUUUUAAUUGUGGAUUAUUCUGAUUUGUCCCGCCAGACAUUGGUUAAAUUGGUGGAAGGUAGUGUGGAAAGAAUAAAUGCAUUUGGUUCAUGUGAAGAAUGUAUAACUACCGUAAAAGCAUGGCAAGAACAGUAUCAUGAUGAAGCGUUAUUUGAUAUAGUAUUUUUCAAUGUUCGAGAAAAUAUUUCCGAGGAAAUUAAAAAUUCUGCCAAGGAACUACGUAGAAUUUUUGAUGAUAAUUUAUGUAUUGUCCUAAUUGUAUUCUGGUCAGCAAAUGGUAGAGCAUUAGGACAAAAUUUAGUUCAAGAAAUUGGUGGUAAAACAUGCAUGAUUUGUAAACCAGUAAUGCAAAGACGCUUGGUUCAUUGCCUUUACUCAAGAGAUUUUGUAUCCGAACCUUAUGCACCAACAAUACAAAAUGAAUACUAUAGUUCAGUUAAACCUUUAGCUGAUUUGAGAAUUGAAAACUUUUACCGUAGUAACAGACCUCCAUUUAGUGAUGAAACUGUAAAAGAGUCAUCUAAUUUGGAGAAAAGUCCAAUGGUUGUAUCUGAAGAAACUGCGAAAUCUAGCAUUGAAAGAAUAAGAAAAGAAGAUUUGCCUGCAGUGAAUAUACCAGGUACCGAAUCAUUGGCAAAGGGUAAAGGUAAAAAUGUCGAAUCAGCACAAUCGGGUACGAAAAGAAUGGCGGAUGAUGAAACAGAAAAUACCACAACUCCGACUGAUGAUCGUGCAUCAAAAUUCAGAUUUAGACCUGUUUCAAAAUCGAAAUGUAUUUUAUGUGUGGAAGAUAAUCCCAUAAAUCUAAAAGUUAUUCAACAUCAACUUUCAAAACUUGGAUAUCCAUCAUUAUGUGCUACAAAUGGACAAGAAGCUGUAAAUUUGAUAGAAUCAGAGUAUUCAAACUAUUCCCAAGACGCUUCAUCUUCUGAUGAAUCUAACCCUGGAAGAAUUGCUUUAAUUUUAAUGGAUUGUGCUAUGCCAAUAAUGUCAGGAUUUGAUGCAUCAAGAGCAAUAAGAUCCAUGAAUACACCAAUAUCAAAUGUCCCAAUUAUCGCAUUAACUGCUUCAGCCGUUCAAGGUACAAAAGAACAAUGUUUGGAAUCAGGAAUGAACGACUAUCUUACUAAACCAUUGAAAAUUGCCAAGCUUAAAGAAAUGCUAGAUCAAUGGCUUGGUAACAACGAAUCAAAUGAAUGA